AUGCAUCACGGAAAGCAUGUACGUCGAUUAAAUCGUUCCAGUGGACACAGAAAUGCUUUAUUGAAGAAUCUCGUUUCUUCUCUUAUUCAAUAUGGUCGUAUUGAAACUACUGUUGCAAAAGCCAAGACUAUACAGCCCAUUGCUGAUGCUAUGAUCACCCUUGGUAAAAGAGGUGAUAUUGAAGCUAAAAAGCAAGCAAUUGCAUAUCUUAAUAGUCGUGAUGUCACUAUACCAAAAUUGUUUGAAGAGCUUGCUCCUCGUUUUGCUAACAGACAAGGUGGAUACACUCGAAUUCAGAGAAUUGGAAAGAGAUAUGGUGAUAACGCACCUAUGGCAGUUAUUGAAUAUAUUGAUGGACCUACAGAUCUCAAAAAGGAGACAGUGACGAGCGUUCUUGCACGAAAAUUUGCAGAUACACAGAAAUUGUCUGUUAAAGACAUCUUGGCCAACGAAGAGAAAGUGAAAGAAUUAGGCAUAUCAAAGUCAUUAAUAAGGGAUUUAAAGAAGGUACAAUUCUCCAAUUCUUUGGAACAGAUUGAUGCAGCCAUUGAAAAGAAGAUGACAGAAUUAUAA